AUGCCCUGGUUCGCUGGCCAGAAGCCCACUGACGCCCCGGACCCAGCGCCGCCCACCGGACCAAGCGCUGGAACGGCCGCGAGCAGCCCACGAACGGCCGCGAGCAGCGAGUGGCACCGAACUCUAACGGUGAACUUUCAGGUCGCAGAGGAAAGGCGCUUGAAAAGACAACGCCAACUGCAAGACUGUGGAAGCACUUUGGAAAUGGUCGGUGUGGACAAAAGCUGGCUUGAACGUGAGCUCCAUGCUUUGGAGUUGCAACCCGAGACGUUUGCCGCGAGGGAGCCUGAGAUUUUGGAGCAGCAGCUGGAGCAAAGUUUGAAGCUGUUGGAAAAGUUUAUUGAGACCAAGCAGUCCAGAGAUGCUUCCGCGGAGUUUGAGUGGUAUGAAACCCUCAACCAGAUGAACAGCAUCAUCGAUCGCACACAGCGACCCAGUCUGGAUGCUGCCUCCCUGGCACUGGCCAAACUGCCAGGAGCCAAGCUGGCGGGUGCGAGUCUCGUGGGUGCCGAUCUCUCCGGCGCCGACCUCGCCGGCGCCGACCUCCGCUGCGCCGACCUCCGGGGCGCCCGGCUGGGCCUGGCGACCCUGGCGGGCGCCGACCUGCGAGGCGCGGCGCUGGGCCCGGGCCAGGGCCGCGAGGCCGCCGACCUGCGGGGCGCCAACCUGUCGGAGGUGCAACUCACUGCGGCGUGUGGGUUGGAAGCGAUCUUUGAUGGAGUGUUGGUGGAGGAUGCACUUCUCUAUGGCGCAUACUUGGCCAAGGCUUCCUUCAAAGGCGCACGUAUGGACUGUUGCAACUUGGAGAAGGUGAACUUUGUUGAAGCUCGCUUUAUGCACUCCGUCCUGACGCAGAGCAGGUGCAAUGGCGCCACCUUCCUCGGAGCAGACUUGAGUCAUGCUCGUAUGGAUGGUUUGUUCUUUGCAGGUGGUGAGCUGGAGGAAUCUCUCUGGGAGCCAUCAGGCCCGCCAAGUGUAGGAGCUUUGUUUGUUGAAGAAGAAGCUUAUUUGGCAGCUCCCGUGCUGUGCAGAAGUAAACCUCAGGGAGGAGUUCUUCGACAACUGGUGAUGCUAUUCUUCGAGGAUGAAGGCGAAGAGGAGGAGGAGGACGACGAGGAAGAAGAGGAGGAGGAGGAGGGGGAAGAGGAAAAGGAGAGUCCCCCAAGCAGAGAAAACAGCGAAGAUCCUGAAGUGGAGGACCAUGGCUCCAGCGUGCCCUUGUUGUGCGCCGCAUCAGACGUGGUGAUCGAAGAUAUUGCGGUGGUGGCAGCGGACCAAGUUGAAGCGAAGGCAACUAAGAAGCUCCAAGCAGCAGUUAGCAAGGCCGAAGCGCAGAUCUCCAAGCUGGUCGCACGCGCGGAUAGCAUCGCAAAGCCUCAAGCAGAGGCCUUGCAGAAGCUAUUGACCAGCAAGAACUUUUUGAAGCUGUCAAAGCUGGAACCAGAGACGGUCGACAAGAUUGCAGAGGUCAUAUUGCAAACCAAGUCGGGCAAGAAGGUUUCCGAGACCCUGGAGAAAGUGCAGAACCACUUGCAGUCGAUCAAGGAGUCAGGUGUGGCGCCGCUGCUGCGGAACCUGGCGGAUUCGCAGCUGAAAGCGCGCACGGGCUACUCCUCGGGUCAGCUGUUGCGCAUCUUCCGGGUCUCUGCCCUCCAAAUGGCGCGCGAUACACGGGAGCUGACCAAGUUGCAGGGGUAUGUGGAGAAACUCCAGGAAACGGUGAAUGAAAACAACUGGGACGACGUCAUCGCCAGCUUCAGCUGCUUCUAUGCCUUGCAGAUGCACCUGCAGGGCGAGCGAUCCCAACAAGUCUUCCAGCUCAUUUGGAAGGAUGAGGAUUUCCGAGGAUGGAUACAGGUGGCUCAGCUUUUUGUCAAUGUGGUACCUGUGAACCAUCCACCCCCAUUGAUCAUCCACAAUGUCAAGAAGGCAGUGAAACACAUCAAAAUACAUGCUGAGACAUGGGAAAAGGCGAUCUCUAAAGAAUUGGCUGCAAUCGAACUGACUCGAACUCGCCAAUCGCAGUUCUUUGCCCUUCUGGUGUCGGCCAUUUCGGGCUUCUUCAUGUACAUAGCAACCUUUCUGUCCAGUGUAACGUUCCAGGCAUAUCAGGAUGGCAGAUUGAAGAUCCCAUACCUCUCAGAUUAG